AGGUGUUGAAUUACAGUGAGUUAUUAUUAUAGGCUGAUAUUGGCACCAUGAAGGGAUCUGAGCCCAGUUAUUACAGUUUGAUGUGGAUAACUUCUCGUGCUUUCAUUUAAUUGAGAGGUCCGAGUGCAAAAUCAGGACCUGGCAUUGAAUCCAAGCUCAUGUGCUCAUAAAGUGAAACUCAAUAGAAAUGCUAAGUCUUUCUGUUUGGAUAUUUCAGGAGUGCUGCGGUUAUUCAGAGGUACAUGUGGAGACGUGCUGCAUACAAUACUAAAUGUCUCUUUCUGGAUAUUCAGGCUUGUUUGGGCACCAUUCCAACAAAUCAGAGGCUCCUAUGAUUUAACAGCACCAACAACUCCCAUCAUGCACUGGGACACGGCUACAGCACACUUAUUAUGGUUAUUAAGGCUGAUACAGAGAAGUGCUCCAACUAUGAGGUGUGUUAAGACGUGGUUUAGCGUCAGAUCUCUGCUUUAAUAAUGACAGGACUGCUGUGUAUAGACCAGUUAUUACACCCCCCCCCCCCAUUAGGACCCCAGCAGAACUCUAUAUCAGGGCCAGCAACAUCACUGACAGCUCUUUUUGCCUGAGAAGCUGUUGCAGGGAUGAGGUGGUGGCUGGUGGUGGCCAGUUUGUGGCUGCUAGUGGUUCUGACCGCCUCGGACGACCAGGCCAUAAUCAGACAUCGCAACCGGGGAAAGAGGAAGAAGGACGGACAGGGUCCUGGGAAGGCCAGAGCGGGGCACUCUAGACCUCCAAAGAUCAGACAGGUUACUGGUGCCGGAAGCCUGGUGGUGACUGGUGAAAACCAAGAAAACACUCUUUUCAUGGAGUCCUACAAGAACAUACAAGAACAGCAUUCCAGCUACAAAGUUAUCCCAGGUAAGCAGGGCCAGUGUGUGUACCGGGGUCUGACCAUGUUCAACCAGGCUGUCUGGUCUCCUAAGCCCUGUGUGACUUGUCUGUGUACUGGAGGGCGAGUGGUUUGUGACGAGAUCACCUGCCCCGUAGUACACUGCCAUUUCCCCUUCACCCCAGCUGGGGAGUGCUGCCCCGUCUGCAUGGAGUCAGACUCUGACCUCAGCCUUGACCUUUCUGGUGACUCCCCAGUUGGCAACGACCCUGGCGAGCCCGUGAGCCCAUUGACCCAAGAGGAGAUCCAGCGAAUCAUCUGGCGGGAGGAAGAGGAACACCGCGAGGAAGAGGAGCGCCUGAGGAAGAAAGAUGAGGCCAGGAAGAUGAGGAGGAAGCAGAGGAAGGAGCAGGCAGAGAAACAAAGGAAGAUAGUGGAGGAGAGGAGGAGGGAGGAGGAGGAGGCGCUAAGGCUUCAGGUGGCGAAAGAGGAGGAGGAGUGGAGGAGGCUUAUGGAGGAAGAAGACAGGAAGCGCAAAGAGGCAGCAGACAGAGAAGCAAGGGAGAUGGAAAGAAAGCUAGAGGAGGAAAGGUGGAGGCAGGAGGAGAUACUGAGGGAAGAACUACUGGCUCUGGUGGAGGAGGAGGAAGACAAGAAGCAGGAGGAAGUAGAGGGGGCACUGUGGCUGAGAGGAGAUGUGUUUGAGAUGCCCCCAAAAGGACCUGAGGAACCUGAGAAACCAGACCUCUUCCCUGCUCCCAUCCCAAGACCUCCUCCUGCCACAGAGGAUGAGCUGAAGGAGUUGGAAGCAGAGAUGGAGGAGGAAGAGGAGGAAAGGGAAGGGGUAGUAGUAAACAGAGGAGGCCUCCCUCCUGGAUGCUACAUCUCUGAUGUUACUCUGACAUGUGAAAAUGCAAAACUCCUCUACUUUCCUCCUCUGGCCAUACCAGAGCUCAGGUCUCUCAGUCUGGAGGGCAACAACAUCAGCAGCAUCCCAGCAGAAGCCUUCAAUGGUAUCCCUAACCUUGAAUGGAUCAACCUGAAGAAAAACAAACUCACAUUUGCCGGCAUUGAUGCUAAAGCCUUCAGAGGUCUGAAGAUGCUAAGGCGCCUGUACUUGGAUGGGAAUCUUCUAGAAGCUGUGCCCGCUUACCUUCCACCCACCCUACAGGAGCUGAAGAUCAGCGAGAACAAACUGAGAGGAAUCAAUAAACACAGCUUCCAAGAACUGAGCAGCCUGGUGAUUCUGGAGUUGGAGGGAAAUCUGCUGAGUGAGGGGAAUGUAGAUCCUCUGGCCUUUGCUCCCCUGAAACAGCUCUCCUACCUCCGACUGGGCAGAAACCACUUCCGCACCGUACCACAAGGCCUUCCCAUUUCAUUGCUGGAGCUGUACUUGGAGAACAACCUGAUUGAGGAAAUCUCAGAGACAGUUUUCAAUCAGACCCACAGUCUGAAUGUAGUCUCUCUGAGAUACAACAGGCUGGAGGAGAACAGGAUCGCCCCGCUGGCCUGGAUCAACCAUAGAAAUCUGGAGUCCAUCGACCUUUCACAUAAUCACCUUUACCUAGUUCCAUCAUACCUGCCUAGAUCUCUGGUCCACUUAGUGCUGGUGGGAAACAACAUAGAGAGGAUACCUGGUUACGUCUUUGCCCACAUGGACCCUGGUUUAGAGUAUCUCUACCUCUCUUACAACAAACUGGAUGGAGAGGCAAUCGAGCCUGAGUCGUUCUUCGGCUCGUACCAAUCCAUGGUGGAACUGUGUCUGGAUCACAACCAGCUGAUCCAUGUCCCAUCUGGCAUCAACGAGAUGACCAACUUACAUUUCCUCAGACUCAACAAUAACAUGAUCAGGAGUAUUCCUGACGAAGGCAUCUGUGACCCAAACCACAGCGGGGACACUACCCUGGUGGCCCUGAGGCUGGAAAACAACUACAUCGACCCCCAGAAGAUCUCACCGACAGCUUUCUCCUGUGUGCGCUCCUCCUCCAGUGUGGUCCUUAAACCCCAGAAAACCAAGUGACCACAUAAAACCAAAAACUAAAUGACGCUUGUUUAAACGCCCAGAAACACAGGGGCAAAUAUUUAGAUGUUUUUUGUGCCCACAUGAGAUGUUCAUGUCCGCAGCUUCCUCUGAUGCUGUAUGCUGCAAAAAAACAAGAUUUUCUUCUUCUUAAACCCUUUUAGAUCUGGUAAGUGGUUUUGCACGGUCGCCUGGCCAACCUGCCCGGUGUGAAGUUGCCAGAACACCUUUAGACUUCAAAUCAAACACAUCUGUCUCCUUUAGUAAAAUGUUAAACUUUCUAAAUGGAAAGAACUCCUGCACCAUACACAGUAAAAUGAAAAUGUUAAUAAAGAAAUGGAAAGAAUUCAAUGAAAUGAA